AUGGGGACCCCGUGCCCCGCCAGCCCCGCCGCCGGGCCGGGGAGAGCGCACCGGGCCCGGCUCCCGGGCGCCCCGGUGAAGAAGCCCGGCCGCCCGCGCCUCCGGAGGAAGCAGCCGCUGCGCCCGCGCUCACCGCCCGGCGGCUCGGGCGGCUCCGGCUCCGAGGGCGCGGGCGGCCCCGGGGCGCGAGGCCCGGCCCCGCAGCCGGCGCAGCUGGACCUGCGGACCUUCCGCGACUACGGACAGAGCUGCUACGCCUUCCGCCGGGCGCGCGAGGGCCUCUUCCACGCGCCGGAGGCGCUGGCGCGGCAGCCGCAGGUCACCGCCGAGUCGCGCUGCCGGCUGCUCAGCUGGCUGAUCCCCGUGCACCGCCGCUUCGGCUUCUCCUUCGAGUCGCUGUGCCUGGCGGUCAACACCCUGGACCGCUUCCUCGCCACCACGCCGGUGGCCGCCGACUGCUUCCAGCUGCUCGGGGUCACGUCCCUGCUCAUCGCCUGCAAACAGGUGGAGGUGCACCCGCCGCGCGUGGAGCAGCUGCUGGGCCUGUGCGGCGGCGCCUUCUCGCGGCAGCAGCUCUGCAACCUGGAGCGCAUCGUGCUGCACCGGCUGGGCUUCAGCCUGGGCGCGCCCACGCUCAGCUUCUUCCUGGAGCACUUCACGCACGCGCGCGUGGACGCCGGGCUGGCCGCGGCCCCCCGGGCGCUGCGGGCGCAGGCGCUGGCGCGCGCCGUGGCCGAGCUCAGCCUGGCCGACUACGCCUUCAGCCGCUACGCGCCCUCCCUGCUGGCCAUCUGCUGCCUGGCGCUGGCCGACCGGCUGCUGGGGCUGCCGAGCCCCGUGGACCUGCGCCUGGGCGGCCACCCUGAGCCUGAGCUGCAGGACUGCCUGGCCCAGCUGCGCCUCCUGGUGGCCAUCAACGGCGCGCCCCUGGCCCACGUGCUGGGCCUGCAGGCGGGCGACCAGGAUGGCCUGUCCGCCGAGGGCCCCAGCUGGGAGUGA